AUCUAUAAAGUAUAUAUAUUAAUGUUAACUAGCAUAUCUUAUUAUAUAUAUAAGAGUGGAAGAUUAAAAGAAUACAACAACUAGGGUUUAACUUCUCUAACGAUUGAGCGAUGAAUGCUCCAAGAUUGGGAAGUGAAGAGUUUUCAUAUUCGGAUAGGAUUAGUGACUUACCUGAUGAUUUGCUUUUACGAAUACUCUCAUUCAUUCCUACAAGCGAUGCCAUCUCCACAAGCUUAUUAUCUAAACGAUGGAAGUUUGUGUGGAAGAUGAUGCCAACACUUGAUCUUGAUGAAGACUCUUGUCGCAAUCUUGGCUCCCUUAGAUUUGACGAAGUUUGUUGCAGCUUCUUGCCAUCACAUGAAGCUCGGGUUCUUACGAGUUUGAAUCUCAAACUUAUGAAAAAAUCUAAUGAUAUAGACCGUCUGUUAUCAAAUAUUCAAUCUAUUCUUCAUGAGCUCACAAUCACUUCUUAUAGUUGGAGUCGUAUCAGCUUCCCAAGGAAUCUUAAUGUCUGCCAGACACUUGUCGUGAUGAAACUCCAAGACAAGGUUCUUGUGGAUGUUUUUUCCCCGCCGGUUUGUUUCCGGUCCUUGAAAACUUUGCACCUCACACGCGUGAAAUACUCUUGCCAAGAAUCUUUCAGAAGACUUUUAUCAGUUUGUCCUGUUCUUGAAGAUCUAUAUCUCUUCAUAGAUAGAGUUCGCUAUGAAUGUCUUCCUUCGUUCACCAUAUUUGUCCCUUCCUUACAGAGAUUAUCUAUAUGUGAAGAGUCAUAUAGCAGGACGUUAUUUGAAAUAAGUGUUCCUUCUUUGAUAUACUUAAAAAUCGCGGCUCGCUAUGGUUGGUUUAAGUUUUUUGAGGAUAUGCCUAAGUUAGUUGAGGCACAUGUUGAAGUAAAUCCAUAUGAAAUUAAUAACCUUCUGAGGUGUCUCACUUCUGUUGAACGUCUUUCGAUUGAAUUUUUCUCUUCAAUGGAUAUAGUUCUUACCGAUAGAAUCUUCCACCGGCUUCUUUAUCUUGAGCUGCAUAUGCACAACGGACUUCAGGAGAAUCAAAUUCUGAGUUUGCUCAAACAUUCCCCUAAUCUACAAGCUCUCAAGCUCAACGAGAAACCUUCGUGUUCUGUCAGGGAUCAACCGAGAUUUGUUCCUAAACCGAAUUCUGUUCCUGAGUGCUUGACCUUCCAUCUUGAAACUCUUGAGUGGCGAGGCUAUGCAGGAAGACCGGAAGAUAAAGAAAUUGCUGUGUACAUUUUGGGAAACGCUCUUCGUCUAAACACGGCUAAGAUCUCUCGAUAUUUCUCCUCCAGCCGCUUCCGUCCCCGCCACCACCAGAAGAAGGAUCGAAAAAUCGUGAAGGAGUUAAAAUCUUUAUCUAAGGCUUCAACUUCAUGUCAGCUUGUAAUUCAACGCCAGUAUUAUCCAUAGAAUGUUUGUUUCAACUCUCAAAAAUUGUUACUUUUGAUGUGAACUUAAAUAUUCAAUGUAGUUAACAUGAAUGUAAAUCAUAAUUAAGUUGAAAGUGUUAGUAUAAGUCUAUUGAAAUUUUAUUUAACUCUGCAUCUGAAACAGAGGAAUCUCUGUGACGACAAGAAAAAAAACAUAGAAGUUGUUAACUUGAUACAUGUGUUUGUAAUAGUAGCCGACUACCUUGCUAGUCAAGUUUUGUUAGUUUUAGCCUUUUAGUAUAUGUGA